AUGUCGAAGCUCCUCGGCGGCGCCUCCAACGAGGAAAAAAUGACACCCGUGGGUGCCGUCGCCGCCGGCCCGACCAAGAUCGGGCGGGAUUUUCAUCCGUGCCAUCGCGCAUCCCGCACCUCCGAGGGUUGGACCACGCCGUCCAAGAAGCCUCGCACCGCUAUCACCGCAGCUCCUCCCCGAAUCUGUCGCAGAUCUGUGGACUCCGACACACCACACGGCCGAGGACAUGGUCCAUCUUCCACCUCCAACUCCGACUCAGCAAGGGAGAGGCAACCUCCCUCUCCACCGGCACGGGCCAGAACCGCCCACCGAGGCUGUCGCCAACUCAGGCAGACUGCCCUCAGCAGCAACUCCUGCCACCAGCCAGAUCCGGGCCUGCGAGCCCAGAUUGGACCCGCAGAAGCCCAGAUCGGGCCCGCGCCCACUCCUCCGGCCUCCCCGCCGGCCACCACCGGGGGCAGCCGCCGCGCGCCCCGCACCGUCGGCGGCCGGCCUCUCGCCGCCUGGACUCCUCCUCGGCCGAGCCUCCCCGCCGCCGCCACGACCACCUUGGGAUCGCGCCGCCGCCUCCGGCUCGCGCCGACGCUCCAUGCCCGCACCCACUCCUCCGGCCUCCUCGCCGGACGCCACCGGGGGCAGCCGAGCGCGCCCUCACCGUCGAGGCGGCUGGCCUCUGCUCGCCUGGACUCCUCCGGCCGAGCCUCCCCGCCGCCGCCAUGA